GACCCAGCGAGUCUCUCCUGCGGUCAGACGCCCAGCCCUGCUUUUGUCAGCGUGUGUGACCUCAGGGCUGCACCUCGUGGCUCUCAGGCGCUGUGAAACGCGUGGACAGACCAAUCCCGACCUGAGGAGAGCUGGUUCCUUCCUGGGGAAGGCGCAGAUUUGGGAUUUUGAACUUCUGACGCUCUCGCCAGGAAAAGGUGCGCUUUGUGUCAGUGUAUCCACCAUGUCGGGCGUGCAGUCCAAAGCAGCCAGGCUUCAAAAGGAGCGGAAAGAAAAGCUGUCGGCAGACAGGGAGAGAAAAACGGCCACAUCUCUGUGCUUAAAGCACAGCGAAGUACCUGCAUCCAUGAUGAAGCAGUUUAAUGCUUUAAUGGAAAUGCAAGAGGUGAUGUUUGCAGAGAUGAGAGAAACCUAUAAAAACGAUAUAAAGGAAAUGCUGUUAAAACGAACAGCACCUUGGGUGAAGCAUUUGGAAGAGCGGAUAGGGCAGCAAGAAGGAGAUGCAAUCUCGGAAAGGCCAAAGCCAGGAGAGAAAGUGGAAGAGUUAAGUUCUGGAACAGACGAGGACACUGAAAACCUGACUGUGAGAAGCAAGAAGGGUAAGCAGGACAAAGCUAAACCACUCAACAGCAGCCAUGUCCUGAAAUCAUCACUAGAGAGAGGGGGAGAAGCCCUGCGUGGGGAACAUGGCAGGUGUGGAGAGAGCAGCAGCCUUGUAGACUGGAAGAAUGCGAAUGAGAAGCCAGCCCGAGAAGCCAGCUGUCAGAGUGAAGAGAAUCGUCUCAAGGCCCCCAAAGAGAGCCCGCCCGAAGGAGGCGCCGGAGCCACCCUAAGGCUGGCUGCUGACUUCUCGGCAGCCACGCUGGAUGUCGGCAGGCAGUGGAGCCAAGUCUUCCGCCUUCUGAAAGAAAAGGAGUUGGAGCCUGAGCUGCAGUGCUCCGUGAAGUUGGCAUUUAAGUGUGAUGGGGAGGCGAACGUUUUCUCAGACCUUCACAGCCUCCGUCAGUUUACCAGCAGAAAGCCUUUUCUGAGAGAGUUGCUGAAAGAUGUGUUCCCGCAAAAUGAAGGAGGAAGAAGAAACGAGCUUCGGGAAAGAUUGGGUAAAACGCUAGGAGACACGAAGCAUGAAGCUAGAAGAAUAGCGAGUGACAGUUUGAGCUUCCUGUUCAUCAAAGAGGUAGAAGUUGCUAGUCCAGAGGUGAAGACUUACAAAGAAGAAACACUGGACCGGAAGAAUAAAGGAACUCUCAAGAAGCAGGAGGGGGAAGAAGAAGAAAUCUCAGAGACACAGGGAGAAGAAACUUCAGAGGGAGAGACCUCAGAGUUGGGGGAGGAAGAGGGUUCGGAGUCAGAAGAGGAGGAAGAGAGUUCGGAGUCAGAAGAGGAGGAAGAAAGUUCAGAGAGUGCUGAGGAGAUUGGCUUCAUUAGUUUGGUAGUAGAUUCUGAAUCAGAGGAAGAAGUAAACAGAAAGACGGCUUCCCAGACUAAGAAAAAGGAGACCUUCCAUGGGCUUAAAGAACUUGCCUUUAGUUACCUGGUCUGGGACUCUAAGAAAAAAAAGCUGGUGAGAUGCCAGGAGGGAGGAGCAGCUGCUGCUUCUACUCAAAGGAUCGGGAUGCCGUGUCUAACCUUAUAUUUGACUUCUCCAUCAGAAUCUUUAGGGGCAGGUAGCGAUGGUCCUAAAAGCCAUUCAUGUACAAAGUUGAGUGCUCUGUCACAAGUCACUCCACUUUUAACGAACAUAGAAAAGGGGAGGUACAAGGUGCCGCAAACAGAAGAGCCAACAGCCAAAGAAGCAGACUUGAUCCUUGAAACCGAAGAAAACUUCAAGAGAGGCGUGAUCAGUGUUAUCAGACAGAUGCAAAGGGAGGUCGACAAAAUCAAAAACAUUUACGUUUCCGACGUCCUGAAUAUGAAAAGUUCACUGGAUGAUCUGAAUUCCUUAGCUUGCACGAUUGAGGCCAGGGUGAGCGAACAGGAAGAUGCCGUGGAGGGACUGACCAAGGAUACAAUGCAGUUAGCCAGGGAGAUCGUUGAUAAAGAAAGGCUGAGAGAGAGGGAAGAUAGGUUUCGAAGCUCCAACAUCCGAGUGAUAGGGAUUCCAGAGAAAGAAAACCGGGAGAACGGAGCGGUGGACAUAAUUAAGGAAGUAAUUGAAGAAAACUUUGCCGAGCUAGAAGACCAGAGCCUCGAGAUUGUCAGCGCUCAUCGUGUCCCUAAUUCAGUGGAUGAGCACAGACUCACGCCUAGACACAUCUUAGUGAAGUUUGGGAGUGCUAGUGAUAAGCAGAGAGUCCUAAAAGCUUCCAGAGCAAAACAAGAAAUAACCUACAGAGGGUCCAAGAUCAGACUGACAGCUGACUUAUCACCUGGUACUAUAGAUGCACGCAGCCAGUGGUGUGGUAUCAUAAAAAUUCUGCAAGACGAAGGCUUUCAGCCAAGAAUCCUUUAUCCUGCCAAACUGGCAUUUGAUUUUAAAGGUAAAACCAAGAUAUUUUUUGAUAUUGAGGAAUUCAAGAAGUUUAUCUCUGAUAUACCCUAUUUGAAAGAUCUGUUGAACAAUAUACAUUAGCAACCUGGAGUGCUCUCUGUCCACCAAAAUACAAAACCAAGUAGAGUUGGACAGUGGACCAUCACGUCUCUGUCUUGAAGGGUGGACGGCUGACUUUUUUUCCCCCAGGGAAAGGGGCUGGGGAAGCGGUGUAACUCCCUGAGUGUUGGUUGAGUUAGACAGCGUAUGUAGCUUUUCAGUAGCUAUCUACCUUGGUAAGGAGGAAUCUUGUCAGUGUGACCACACACGGAAAAAUACUAGAGGCCACAGUGGGAUGGGAAAGGACAUGAUAAGUUAGAAGAGACUGCAGGCUGACUGACUCAACAAGAUUACAUUGCUUUAUUAUUUACUAUUACAUAUUAAAGCUUGAAGUUUGCAUUUGUCAUUGGUU